CUGGUUGCUUAGAGACGCGUUGUAUCCAUGUUGCCGAGGAAGUAGGAAGAAGAUACCCUGAUGUAUAAUCGGCUAAUAUCAUAAAGUUCUGCAUGUUUAGAAGCCUUUUAAACGCGCCACUGAUGAAAUAAGAGAGUUCACGAGCUGUGUUUAAGAUUCGACACGUAUUAUGGUGAAGUUGAGGGCGAGGUGUCUUCUUGUAGGAGACGCAGCAGUGGGGAAAAGUGCCCUAUCCCAUAUGUUCAACAGUGAUGGUACUCUGUUCCAGAAGAACUACAGCAUGACAGCUGGAGUGGAGCUGCUGAUGAAAUGUGUCAACAUCCCAGAGACCAACGACAGCGUGGAGCUCUACAUCAUAGACUCUGCAGGGAAGGAGACGUUAGUGGAAGCCUGCGAGAAGAUGUGGGGCGAGCUGUCGUUGCUGUGCCUGGUCUUUGACCUGACCAGUGAGCAGUCGUUUGCCAACUGCAGCCACUGGAUGGAGAGAGUUCAGGCUCACUGCCAGGGUCGCCUUGUUCCAGGUGUCCUUGUGGGCAACAAGUCAGACCUGUCUGCUCGAAGGGAGGUCCAGGCUUCUGUUGCCCAGGACUGGGCCCAAGGCCAGGGGUUGGAGUACCACGAGACAUCAGCUAAGGAUAAGGAGAACUGCGAUGCACCGCUCCUCAGUUUAGCCCGGGCCUUCCACUCUCUGUACAGAGAACGUCUGGAGACCAUCCAGAACCUCAGUCCAGGCUAGAUCCCUCCAGAGUAACACACACAUUGACUUUCCACUCAUAACUUAAUAAACGCAGGUUUCCAUUCAGAAAAUGUAAUAAGCUGACAUCUGCACAUGUCAGCUGAUCUGAUGAAACUCUGCUCUUUUGUAUCCACCUGGCAGACGACGGCUUGUUCAGGAUGAUAUUUUGAUAUGACCGUGAAUAAAGAUGUUUUUCUAAGAUGA